AUGGCGGCCCCAUCCGGCUCGCAAUCGGAUUCAGAAGGCACGGACGAGGAGGAUACUGGCUCGACAAAGUGGAAGUGGAGUGAGCUGUCGCCGUUUGCACUAACGGCCGCUCUUCCAGAGGAUACACGGCCUUCUGACGAGCUUUGCCAGCGCUUGCGCUGGAUCCGACUCUUUUGGUGGAAUGUGCUGUUGGUUGUCUAUGCCUUGUUGCUGCUUGUGUCCAGCACGGACAGGGAGCUUUCGAGUGCUCUUCGACAAGAGGCAGUGGAAGAGCUCUUCCCGGACUGGAACAAAGCCGCCGAGCGCAUGAAGGAGGGUGCGAAAACUCCAGAGCUGAAGGAGCUACUGCACGUGGCGGAUGUGUCCACAACGCUCUCGCUCUUCAAUGACCGCUGUCGGGACCAGUCCUUCGUCAGCACCUCGCUGAAGGCCGUGUGGGAGUGCAAGCUCUUUGACGUGGUGGUGAACGGGCUGUCAGGUGCAGAAUGGGACCCUGCUAUGAACCGACACCUUCCAGACUCGGACUCUGACAAUGUCUUCGGCCACGGCAAGAAAGGCGUCUUCGAGACAAAGAUCGAUGCUAGCUCCAGGGACCUGGCGCAGGAGCGGCGAAGGGAGAUGGAUGUGAUCUGUAGUGACAUUUUCUUCCAGAACCAUGUCGUGAUCGGAGAUGACCCUAAGCUCAUUCCUAGGGGCGACGCGACCGCGUUUUCCGAGAAGGUUGUGAAGCCGGCAACGCAGGGAGGCAGCUUGCAUCCUGACUUCGAUGCCAAUACCAUCCGUGGUUUCGGUCAGACUGCCAUCAUGGACAGCCUCGCCCAUCUUCACAACGAUGAGCAAGAGACGCGAAAAGACAUGGAAAAGAUCACCAGGGCGCUCCACCUGGAUCUCCAUCAUGGUCGAGAGUCAGCCGAGGAGGCCGACUCGCUCCUGGAACGCCCUCGUGCCAGUUCUCCUGCUGGAGGGCACGGUUCAGCCCGCCUCCACCGACGGAACCCUUGGCUCAUCGACGUGGAUGCAGAGGACGUGGAGGGAGACCGGGCGGCAAGCUCGGCAAGCCUCCUGCAGGCGAAAGAGGAUGGGUCUGCCAUGAAUGAAUCUGCAAGACAAGAAGAGCGGGAGAAGGUUGCAGAGGACGAUGCAUACUAUGGACCAGGCUGCUUUGACUCCCACGAUGUUGCAGGGCUUCUGCGAGACCUUUGGGCGAGUCACAUAGGCGAUGGGGGCCAGAACAUGAAUAUGAAUGCGGCAAAAGCCAUGCUGAAAGAAGUCCUGCCGAAUAUGACAAGUGCUAGCUUAGAAAGACUCUGGCAGUCAAUAAACGUGGAUGACGACGGCAACGGCUCGCUGAGUGCGAAGGAGUUCUUGGAUUUCGCGGAGAAUCAUCUUAGAGAGCUGCAGUUUCCUGUCAGAGGCUACCUGAACUUGGAGUGCAGGAACCAUCACUUUAGCCUCCUUGGCCUCUGCAAGCCCGCAUCCAUCUCGGUGUUGUACCAGAUUGGCUUUGUGCCUACAACAACUGGGUCUGGGCUUGUUCAAGGCAUCAGCGGCACCCGGAUGCACAUUCGAAUGAUUUUCUCACAGAUCGAGCCUGGAUCUGGCUGGUACAAAGCCGAUCUGCGGAUAUUGGUGAAGAGCCAAGUGGGCAACAUCUCCGUCAAGGUCAUGGUGCUGAUGGCUGCAGUCUUGACACUGUGCUUGGUCCUGACUCUCUUCGAUACCGCACUGACGCUGGUGCUGUUGCCACUGAACUUAUUGCGUGUGCUGAAGCUGGAUUUGCCCAGCAGUACAUCCUACGAGGAAAUCGAGCAUAUGCUGUGGCUAAAAGUCCUGUGCAUCGUCGACGCCAGGGGCGUGCUGAGUCGCACUUCCGCGUCCCUCGUAAUAUUGAGUGAGCGACUCAUUGGGAUCUUCUUUGCGGCUGCAUGCGUGCAAGCAGCGAGAGAAGCCGUUAUGCCAAACUCAAUGCCCAUGGGUGGUAUGAGUGAGCAAUGUGUGUAUGCAUGGCUGCGAGCAAACAAGGAGUGGAUCAUCAACUCCGUGAAGGGAAACUACGUCGAGCAUGGCCUGAGCGUCCUUACCUACGUGCAUGAGUGUACGUCUCUCCAUGGAGUCGAGUACGUUGGAGAGCUCGCCUUCCAACUUCUUUUCGAGGAGGAGGGCAGCUACCAUGCAUUGGUGGUAGGCUUGGUUUUCCUGCGUGUCCUGGAGAGCUUUAACCUGAGCUAUCGGCUCCGCUGGCUCCCGCGCACGAUUUUCCUGGCCAAGUUCAAGCUCAUCAACUUUGUAAUCGCCUAUGUCGCAUUGGUUGCAGGCUUUGCGCUGCUGAUGACCCUCUAUUUUGGCGAGCUGUAUAUGCAGUACUCAACGCUCGACAGGUCAUUCCACACGCUUCUUGUGUACAGCUUCGGCAUGACCGAACGUGCCACCUACGGAAUGAAGCCCUUCAUCGAGCGCAGCGGUGGCCACUUGUAUGCGGCACUGUUUGUCUUCAGUGUCUUUAUGGUGACGAUCAUCUUGAACAUGUUCACUACGAUUGUUAUCGAUGCUUUCGCGGCUGAGGGAGAUCCAGACAAGUUCUCACGAAUGUACCAGGAGGAGGUCAGGGGCCUCACCCACUCGCUCCUGAGCUUCUUUGGGAAAGGCCAUGUGGUGGCCCGACAGCUGCGGAAGACCCACCGUCUCUCCGUCCACAAGCUCGACCAGGGCCAGUCAUCACAGCAAUCGCGGGGGUCCCUCGCCAGCCUUCUGGGCCAGCAGGAGAAGGUGGAGGAGAAGGUGGAGGAUAAGGUGGAGGAUAAGGAGGUGAAGGAGGUGAAGGAGCAGAAGGAGGCCGAGUCCUGA